AUGACGGAUGUCGAUAGCGCGAAGGCGGAUUUCCUCGCAUCGUUGGAUCUGCAGCCGUCGUUGACCCAGACGUGGGUGAAGAUUGCUAGUGUGUGGAUGGAGGGUGGGGAUCCCAAGAAGGCGUUCGAGUGCUUCGAUGAAGCCAUCAAGCACAACCCGAACGACCCUGACAUUUACUACCACCGUGGUCAAGUGUUGUUCAUCAUGAACGAGUUCGCCGAAGCUGCUGAGAACUACACCAAGUCCACGGAGCUCGACGAUAAGUUCGUCUUCAGCCACAUCCAGCUCGCCGUCGCCCAGUACAAGUCCGGCAACCUUGCGAACUCGAUGGCCACGUUCCGUCGGACGCUGAAGGCCUUCCCUGAUCGCAGCGAGCCUCAGAACUACUACGGCGAACUACUCCUGGAUCAGCAACGCUAUCCUGACGCGAUUGAAAAAUUCGAGCGUGCCGUGGAGAUCGAGCGCGCCAAGCCUCUCCCGAUGAAUGUUCUCCCUAUGGUCAACAAAGGGCUUGCCAUGUUCCAAUACAAACAGGACAUCACGGCCGCAGAGAAAUGUUGUCAAGAAGCCCUCGAGAUCGACCCCGAGUGCGAGGCAGCAGUCGCGACGCUCGCCCAGCUCAGUCUCCAGCAGGGCAAGAUCGAUAUCGCGAUGAAGAUGUUCGACCGGCAGGCCCAGCUCGCCCGCAGCGAGCCGGAACUUGUGAGCGCGUUGACGUACCAAUUCCGACAGGUCGCCUUUUACCCGCACAUGAACUCGACCAACAAGCCCCAGAAGCCGUUCAGUCGCAGCGCGGCGAAGAGGGAGAGCGUGAUGGCGCUGGGGAGUAUCGAGUACCUGCAGCAUUACUUCACGAAGACCGGGAUCGCGGCAGAGAGCGAUCCACUGAAGAAGGCCGGGAGGGAGCUGCGCCCCGCCAUCGGCGGAGCGGCCAUUACGGGUCGGCCCAAACGCUCGCCGAGCUUCACUCUUCCCCCGUCACCCGCAAUACCCCAGAGCAUACACCCCACGUUCCCUCCGUACGUGAAGACGUUCGAGACCGACCCGGAGAACCUACGCCCGGGCGUCGUCUUCGACCUCAGCAUCGUCGCGACGGGAUGGCAGCUCGACGCCGCCGAUCCAUUGAAAACGCCGCACGCGGAGCGAAACCCCGACCUGCUCUCUGCGGGGCCGGCGGUGAAGACGAAGACGACGGUGGACGUGCUCGAUCUGCUGAAGAUGACGACCCGCGCGGUGCGCACCGUGCGCAACUACCUCGUCUCGCUCCCCGACGACAGCGCCGUGCCCGGUCAGACGACGCGCGCGAGCUACCGCCCGCAAACGUUGUCGAGCGCACCGGUCCCGAAGCGGCAGGUGUCGCAGCCGAACGACCCCUCCGACCCAGUCACGCGCGUACGGACGCUCGCGCUGGAUGUGCUCGCGGUGCUGCGCGAGCUCGAGGAACGCGCUCGGCUCCCGCUCGACCACGACGCCUACGACGCGCAGAGCGACCACGGCUCGAGCGCAAGCGCGGGCGGGGGCCCGAGCCGCGGGACGAGCCCGUCGAGCCACCUGGAGGAGCCCGACUACCUCGACGCGGACACCUCUGUCUCGAUCUCCUUCGUGGCCGUCGGGGCAUCGCAGAAGCAGGUACCGGUGUGGGACGACGAGUCAUCCUACGACUUCAACAGCAUGACCGAGGCGGAGACGCGGAACGGGUGGGACGAACGGCUAGUGGUGGGUGGUGGAUGGCUGUAUCGCCAGGACAUGCGGAUGGAGGACAUCGCGAAGGAACGGGACUUGGUGAGCAGUUACAUCGACUCGUGCGACGAGGUUUUGUUCGGAGGGUUCAAGGAGGGCAAGCGGGGAUGGGAGCGGGAAAGGGAGAGGAUGGAGAAGAAGGAGCGCAUUGAGCGCGAGAUGCGGUCGAAGGGUCGGCGUGUGAGCGCAGGCGACGUGCUUGGCGAUUCUGGACCGAGCCUUGGACGAGCCAAGCGGAGAGUCGUGUCAACCGGGCUCAUGGAGUCGAUGCGCGACAUGGCGGUUACCGAAGAACCGGAAGAGAUGGAGUCUUUGCAAGAGGAACAGGAAGAAGAGGCAGAGGCGGCGGUUGCUGACAGCGAACUGCCUCCUUGGGCGAAACGGUCAACAUAUCCCGACGACGACUACGGUAAGAGUUCAACGCCUCCGUGCCUUUGGACUUCGCUCAUACACCGCUCAGGUCGUCUUCAUGCAUUACUCGUCGCCCUGCUCCCCGCAACCAUGCUACGACUCCUACCGUUGUCUUCAACAGACCAGCGCGAGAUCCUCACUGCGCUCUCCUCGGGGCAACUCCUCUGUCACGCCUACAACCAUGCCGUCAGGCGGUCGAAGAAGCCGUGGGGAUACGUGAGCCGCGACGCGAUCCACGACAUCGCCGCGCUCGAGGAGGCGCAGACGGAGGAGACCGCCGAGCGGAACAAGCGUGGCUGGACCUUCCGCCGGACGGACAACCUCCGCCUGUGGGCCGCCGCGUUGAAGCUGCGGUACUCAAUACCGAUCGUCAUGCCGAACCGGCGCAAGGAGACGUCGACGACGCGCCCCGGCACGCCCGCGCUGGGAUCCUCGCCUCUGCCCUCCCCGGCGGGUUCUACGGUGAACUUCCCAGGAGGUGUUACAGAAGAUGCGGUGCUGUUCGACGCGCCGAUGGUCGCGAGGAAGGAGGAGGGUUGGGAGUUGAUGCUUGAGCGCUUAGUCUGGAAGUGGAUGGACGCGGUGGUGAGCGAACGGAGAGGCGAACGGUAG